CUUGGAGAAUCAAUUGAAGGUCUAUUGUUUGUUUUUAAAGAAGAAAAGACAAUCGCCUCUAUAGGACUACAGCCCCACAGAUGGCUCCAAGUAACCUACAAGAAUCGUUCAACACUUAUUUAGCUUUUCAACCACAAACAUGAACUUGACUCAGUUUCAUUCCAAGAUACUAGGAGUGGGCUCGAUAGCAGAUGGGUUUGUUUAUAUCUCAUUAAAGAUAGGGAGCUUCUGGCAAAAUCCAGCCAAUUAGUACAACUGGGCUCUCUUUUUGGCUGGGGUGUGGAACUGCUAGACGUAAAUUAUUAAUUAAAAUAAGCAAUAUAACACGUAAGCCCAUGAAGCCUUGUAAGCCUGCUAUAAAAUACAGUGAUUCAUAAAAUCUAAUCAACCAUUUGACUCGCUGCUUUAUUUCCCCUUUGUUGUUCACUUAGUCUGCAUUUAGCUGCUUUGUAAUCAUGCAAUUGAAGGAAGGAAUAGAAAAAUAACCCAAAGCGUCAUGCGUCUUUGCCGCUGUGCUAUUUGCUGUUUGUUUAUUUGCAGGGGCGUCUAGUCUGCUGCCGGUUUUUUUUUCUUUCCCUUUCUUUUUUUAGGUCAUUACCAUUACCACAGGCGCUUUGUAGGGGUUAAUCCAGCGCGAGUCUCCGCGCCGCCCCGGGUGGGUCCGUGGGUCUGUGGGCUGGGUCGGCGCAGGGGCGCAGGAGCGCACACAGUGGAGCGGUUGUAGCACUGAACACUCCCGCGGAGGAGGCGAUGCCCUUUUGUGGAGAGGUCUUGUCACAGAGCGGACACAAGGCAUUCACAAUCACGACACUAGUACACAAAGAAAAUAACUGCAUUUUAAAGAGGACCAUUCAUUCCCCCUGCCACUGCCAAGGAGGAGGAGGUUAACUGUGGGUGUUUAAGAGGUCCUUUGUUGACCGGAGUAAAGUGAACCGAGACGCUUAGUAGGAUUUCAGGUUUACAGUUGAACCCAGGAGGCUUUCCCUGCCAGAGAAACGCUGAAGGAGGACUCUCUUUUGGGGGUUGGAUUUGAAUCGGGCGCAUGUGGAUUUAUUGACACUCAAACAACGCUGCGAUCAUUCGUGGUGCUGCGAUCCUCAGAUGAACAAUUUGACGUGUUGUCAUUGUGGAUCAUGAACUUUUGUUCCAGUACCGGUGGAUUUUGACUGCUCCUCAGUUUGACUCGAAGUCCUGUGCGACUUGCCGUUAUCUCACCAAAGGAUGCCAAUUGAUAGGUUUGCAAACAUGGAAGAAAAACUAUGGAUCUUGGAGGAUCUAAAUAUGAUGUACAUUCGUCAGAUCGCCCUCAGCUUGCAGGACAGCGACAUCCAGAGGAAGAUCGACCAUGAGAUCCGGAUGCGCGACGGGGCCUGCAAGCUGCUGGCGGCGUGCUCCCAGCGGGACCAGGCGCUGGAGGCGGCCAAGAGCCUGCAGACGUGCAGCACGCGGAUCAUGGCCUACAUGUCGGAGCUCCAGCGCAUGAAGGAGGCGCAGGUGAUGCAGCGGGCCCCGCGCCGCGCCUCGGACGCCGGGGCCAUUGAGGACCGGCUGCCCUGCAAAGGGAAGGUGGCCAUCUCGGAUCUUCGCAUCCCGCUCAUGUGGAAGGACACAGAAUACUUUAAGAACAAAGGAGAGCUCCACCGCUGUGCCGUCUUCUGCCUACUCCAGCUGGGCGGGGAGAUCUUCGACACGGACAUGGUGAUGGUGGACCGCACGCUCACCGACAUCUGCUUCGACAACACCAUCGUCUUUAAGGACGCGGCGCCGGGCUUCGAGCUGCGCGUGGAGCUCUACAGCUGCUGCUCGGAGGACGACUACUCGGCCGGCAGCACGCCCAGGAAGCUGGCCAGCAAGCUGAGCUCCUCGCUCGGCCGCUCGGCCGGCAAGAAGCUGCGGGCGUCCCUGGAGCCCGGCGCGGGAAACCCCGUAGGCAACGGGUCCCCGCUGCUCCUGCCCGUCCCCUCCGUGCCAGGACCCAAGUACCAUCUCCUGGCCCACACCACCCUGUCUCUGUCCCACAUCCAGGACAGCUUCCGCACCCAUGACCUCAGCAUCUCAGGCAACGAGGAGUGUUCCUAUUGGCUGCCUCUGUAUGGCAGUGCGUGCUGUCGCCUAGCUGCCCAACCACACUGCAUGACACAACAGAUGAUGAGCGGCUGCUUGAAAGUCAAGCUAGGAGGUGACCCUCAGAGCUGGACCACGGUGUACGGUGUCCUCAAAGGAACAAAUCUCUUCUGCUACCAGCGACAGGAAGACCUGGAGUCCAGCGUGGAGCCGGCGUUCACCAUUGUCAUCAACAAGGAAACCAGAAUACGGGCCUCGGAGAAGGACCCCCAGAGCAAGGCCCAGAGUGUGUGCAUCACAAACCAGUACGGUGGAGAGGAGGUCACCCACACUCUGACCACCGACAGCCGGGAGGACACCCACCGCUGGAUGGAGGCCUUCUGGCAGCACUUCUACGACAUGAGCCAAUGGAAGCAGUGCUGUGACGACCUGAUGAAAAUCGAACUUCCGUCACCCAGGAAGCCCUCCACAGUUACCCCAAAACAGGGCUCCCUGUACCAUGAAAUGGUUAUUGAGGCGUCGGACGGCCUGGGCACCGCCGUGUCGGACCUCCUGGCCCGCCGCAUGCAGGAGCUGGAGCUGCGCAGCCAGCUGGGCACCUCCCCCACCUGGAUGUCCCUGUUCGAGGAGGAGGGCGAGGAGAACGGCUCCCCCCGUGGCCCCGGCCGCCCCCGCCUCUCCCGCCUGUCGGCCCCCAGCCCCCGCGCCCCCCACCGCUCGCCCCGCAGCCCCGGCAGCCCCCGGCGCCACCCCCGGCCGGGCCUGCUCUCCUCGGACGCCAGCCUGACGUCGGACAGCGACAGCCCCAGCAGCGCCAGCCCCUGCUCGCGCCACGGCGGCUGGGCCGACGCCCCGCUGAGCUACGGGCUGCUCUCCUCGCCCUCGCCCUCCUCGCGCUCCCGGCCGCGCACGCUGUCGCUGGACGCCAAGCUGAGCACCCUGCGCGGCAGGCGCUACGGAGGGGGCGGGGACUUCCAGUGCUCGUGCCACCCCGCGCCUCCCGCCUCGCUGCUCGCCCCGCUGACGGUGUCCUCCUCGUCCCGCUCCCCGCGCGCCGCCCAGCCCGCCCUCUCCUGCUCCAGCUCCACCUCCAGCAACAGCUCCAGCGAGGGCCGGCACAGCCCCGAGUCCUCGGAGGCGAAGGACGCCUUCUCCAGGCCGUCCCCAGCCCGCCGCAGCCUCAGGAACCUCAGGGCCCGUCUGGACCCGCGCAACUGGCUCCAGAGCCAGGUGUGACUUUGACUGGGACACGACGGCAGCCGCCAGCCACUCCUGACUUAACUGGAUUAACAUGGAGUCGCCGACGCUGCGUUGUGAUGAAAUCAAAUGAAACCUAACAUAUGUGAACUGAGCUCAGGGCGUUCUGCCCGAGGGCACAGCCUCGUCCUGAGUCUUACAAGCUGCCUCAACCCCCCCUAGUGGACCUGAUGCCAAUCGCCCAGGUCGGUCCUGGUGCCAACUGGAAUAGGAACAGGUGACAAUCUCCUCUGCCUGGAUGCCACAAACGUAAAAAAUAAAUAAUGAUUGCUACAUUUUGAGAACCCGCAUGUUGACAACAAUAGUGAUAAAUGCAAUCAACCACGUUUAGUAAAACCACAACAUGGCUAGCCAUACGGGUGCAACGGCCUGUGGUUCCCAUAUUAGUAUCAGUGUUUCUCCUCUGGUUGAAUUGGUUUUCAUCUGCCUGCCCCUUGCAAGACACACAUGCACACAACUGGGAAGUGGUUUUAAGGGUGACAUAUUAUACGACCAGGUGUGAUUUGACGUUACAAGCCGUUUUUUGAAAAUCUGCCUCUUCUGACAUCACAAGUGGGCGUGUCCACCUAGAUGUGUGCUGGAUAGAUCACAGUCUGCCAGCAUACCAAGUGGACUGUAGCAAACCUUGCUCAUCUAUCCGUCAUCCGUCGAGGUGGACACGCCCACUAGUGAUGUCAGAAGAUGCCGAUAUUUAAAACGGCAUGUAACGGCUCACACUCACACGUGGUGGUAUGGUAUGUCACCUUUAAAAGAGAUGUGUACUAUUGAUACACUACCAGUACCCUCACCCUGUAUGUUCCUCGUUGACAUCCCCCCCAACAUCUCUGUCUGCAGGGUUAGUAGCCCGAGCAGAAGUGAGCAUGAAUCAAUUUGCAAAAAGAAAUUCAGUAAAUGGUUUGUGAUUGUGUCUAAAUGUGUCAGGGAAGGCCUAACUGUAGUAAGGGUGUGUUUGUAGCUUGCUUGUACUUACUGUGAUAACUACUUCAGUGCCCGUAAUCUACUGAAGUGACCAUCUCUCCUCGCUCUCAUGAAACCCAAGCAGUGUCCUGCAUGAUUUGCUUCGAAGAGUUGUGCUCUUUCAAAGUGUUCUGAACGAUUGCAGUUGGUGUAAGCUAUAAGCUAAAGGGCCACUGUGUAAGAUUUAGAGACUCAUCUGCAAAAGCUUGAUAACCAAAAUAUGCAUGUUGUAUUCAUAAUGAAAAUAAAUGUCCAAUUGCCACAGUGGUUUAGCCAUGCUCACAGGGAUGGUAAAAGGAGGAAUUUAUUAAGUUUAAAAGGGUCUGCCCUGGUGAGCAGCUAUGAAUAAGCAAUGAAUAAUCUUACACAGUGCUCCUUUUUAAUAUGAUUUCAGUUUGGAAUGAAAAAGAAUUGGAAUGGUGGUUACAGUGCUCGUCUAGAUAGAAUUGUCCUUAUUAGGUGUACUGAUAAGAGGUACACCUGAUAAGAGGUACUGUUUAUAUGCAUACCUCCAAUCACAAAAAAAUUAAGACAUACACAAAAGUGAUGUGUAAUGAACGGGACACAAUAAGCCAUAAUAAAUCGUUGGUCUUGUGAAAGUAUGGUGGUAUUUUAUUAAGCAGUAAAAGCCGUAAUAAAGCAGUCCCUGCAGUAUUUCAUUGGAAGAACUCUUGCAUUUGAUCCAUUGUAAAACAUGAAGAUAUUAUGGUCACUAUUCACUACAUUUACAACUCUUGUCUAGGUUAUCUUUGUAAUGGUGAGGACGGGAUUGUGUAACUUUUAGUUAGACCAUUUCGUUACGAUUCAAUGUUCGUGGAAAUCAAUGUCAAAAUCUACAAAUCUUCCUUUUUUUUUUAUUAGUUCUGAAUUUAUGUACAUUAACCUAUCCAGGAGACUAUCUUAAAUGAGCCUGUUCAACCUCUCAAAUGCGUCAGCAUUUGUAUUACUGAACCUUAAACCCUUAAGUUAUCUCAAACCCUCGACUGUUAGAAAUCAACCUCAGGUGUUGGUUCGGUCAACAAUGGAGCUCUAACAUCCUAUGACUUAUCAUUUGUAUUAUAACAGAUUUCUUGUUUCAGUAUGACAUUGAAUGUCAUCUGGCUACAGUGUUUGUGUUUCGGUGUGCUCUGCUGGCACGCAUUCCCAGAGAGCAAACACGUUAAUAACAUGACAUGUUAAUAAUAUUAAUAAGAAUAAAUACUUUAUCCGUUUACGUCUUGCCUUUUCUGUUUUUACAUCACGUCUACUACUGCUUUCUACUGUUACUACGGUCGUUCACGGUAAUAUUCCACUCACUAGAUACAGGGCCAAUGCCUUGGUAAACUUGAAAAUAUGAGCCAUUC